UUCGUAUCGUAAAAACCAAAGAAAACCGAAAGGAGGAAAUAGAAUUUUAGCGCCAUAAUCACAUCAAACAACAACGACAUAGUAUUUUUGAUCGUUUUCGAUAUUAUAGAGCUCCAACAGAUAUAGAUUAACUUUAGAGACGGCAAUUUGAUGCUGCUUGUUAACUAGCAAUGGAGGAUAUAAACAUUAAAGUUGAGCCAGUAGAAGUAGAGACGUUGGAAAAACCACUGACAAGAGAACCACUUAAAAAGUCCAGAAAAAUAGACUGGAAUAAAAGAGUCAAGUCUGAAUUCCUUAGAAUUCAUAAUCUGAAGCGUUUCAAAAGAGCGGAUGAAGUUACGGCCGCUUUUGAUGCAAACAGAGAAAUUUUGAAGAAAGACUUGGAAGAGUUUAAUGACUGGUUUAAAAAAGAAAAUGUUCAACCUGUUCUGGUACCUGAGACAGUUGUAGAUGCACCAAUCAAAAGAAAGUGUGAAAUCAAAGGAGGCGGUAAAACACAGGCCACAACCCUUCGACUAAUGAAUGCCAUUAAAGCCAUCCCUACCAUGUAUACUUGGUCAACUCUAACACAAAAUUACAUGGUUGAAGAUGAAACAGUCCUACACAAUAUCCCUUACAUGGGUGAUGACAUUCUAGAACAAGAUGGCGCCUUCAUUGAAGAACUACUGAAGAAUUAUGAAGGGAAAGUUCAUGGUGAAAAGACCAGUACAGUUCUUGAUGAUGAGACUUUUGUUGAACUUGUGAACUCUAUGUGGCUUAAUUAUCCUGAUCCAGAACUAGAAGAUGAUGAAAGCAAUGCUGACAUUAUAACAUCAAAUGAUGAAUCUAAAAAGAGCAUUUUCCCAAGUAACUCUAUAUUUGAGGCUAUAUCCAAUCAGUUUAAAGAAAAAGGAUCACCAGAUGAACUCAAGGAAAAAUAUAAAGAAAUCAUAGAAUCACGAGAUAACCCUGUACCCCCUGAGUGUACCCCUAACAUUGAUGGAACACAGGCUCAGUCUGUACCCAGAGAACAAACCAUGCAUUCCUUCCACACACUGUUCUGCAGAAGAUGUUAUAAAUAUGAUUGUUUUCUUCAUCCCUACCAUCCAACACCUAGUAUGCUAACAAGAAAAAUGCCGGAGACAAAAUUGGAUACAGAACUUUGUGGACCUUAUUGUUAUCUGAAAGAGAAAUCAGAUGAUAAAGAAAAUACAAUGGAAAGCACAAGUUCUGAACCAGAAAACAGUGUUUGGACAGGCGCUGAAGAAUCUUUGUUCCGUGUUUUAUUAGAUAUGUACAGGAAUAAUCAUUGUAACAUUGCCAAAAUAAUCGGCACAAAAACAUGCACUCAGGUAAGAGAUUUUGCCAUCAAAGAAGAAGCCCAUUUAUUAGAUACCAGUGAAGACAAGAUGCAGACUCCUCCAAGGAAAAAGUCAAAGAAAAAACACAGUGAUUUCUUCAGAUUAUGGUCGAUGCAUUGCCGUAAGAUUCAGCUAAAAAAGGACAGUACAUCUAAAACUGUGUACAAUUACCAACCAUGUGACCAUCCUGGACAGAGAUGUGAUGAGAAUUGUCCCUGUAUACAUGCACAGAACUUUUGUGAGAAGUUUUGUCAGUGUAGCGGUGAUUGUGAGAACAGAUUUCCAGGAUGUCGCUGUAAAGCACAAUGUAACACAAAACAAUGUCCAUGUUUUCUGGCUGUGAGAGAAUGUGACCCUGACCUUUGUUCAAUGUGUGGAGCAGAUCAGUUUGAUACAGCAAAGAUUUCCUGUAAGAAUGUCAGUGUACAAAGAGGUAUGGGAAAGCAUCUUCUAUUAGCCCCGUCAGAAGUUGCUGGCUGGGGAAUCUACACAAAAGAAGCUGUGGAGAAAAAUGAUUUCAUCUCAGAAUAUUGUGGAGAGAUAAUUUCUCAAGAUGAGGCUGACAGAAGAGGAAAAGUUUAUGAUAAAUACAUGUGUAGCUUUUUGUUCAACUUGAAUAAUGACUUUGUUGUUGAUGCUACCAGGAAAGGGAACAAAAUCAGAUUCGCCAAUCAUUCUGUAAAUCCUAAUUGUUACGCUAAAGUAAUGAUGGUGAAUGGUGACCACAGGAUUGGUAUAUUUGGGAAGAGACCUAUACAUGCUGGAGAAGAACUGUUCUUUGAUUAUAGAUAUGGUCCAACAGAACAGCUGAAGUUUGUUGGCAUAGAAAGAGAUGAAAAUUCAUAAAAUAUACUCAUAGAUAUCAUCAGAAAAGAUAUUGACAAUGUGAAUGUUUAAAACUGACUGAUCAAACUGGUUGGAAAAGUGAAGAUAACAGGAAAGUGGAAAGA